AACAAAAGCAGCUCACGACACACUAGUGACCUAUUGCACAACUUUCUGUUUGCUUUGUGGGGAUAAUCAAGAAUCUAGUUUGCCCUCUAGGACAGGACACAUCACAGCAGGGCUGAUCGAACAGGCAGAGGUUGCAUGUCUUAUCACCUCUGCAAAGCGAUGUUAUGUUAAGUGGCCUGUCUGCUUUCUAUCCAUGGCUCAUUCCUCCUUGGAUUUCAAUUCCAAACAUGGUUAUCCUUCUGGUGUCUCACUUCACUCAGUGAUGCCAAGGGAUGUGCAUUCCAAAUUAAACACUGUGAAGAACAAGAAAGAGGGAGAGAGAGGGAGAGAGAAGGAGGGAGAGGGAGGGUGAGAGUGAAAGAGAAGGAAACAAACAGAGAGAGAAAACUCAAUUAGAUUCCUAAGUCUUUCCGGUGGCUAAUUAAGUCAGUUGUGUUUUCUUUUUAAAUUUGAUUUGAAACUCAGCAGCACAAAUAUUGAGUCCUCGUCAGCAACAAGGAAAGGGAGCAAACCUUUAAUUUUUUUUUUUAACAUAAACCUUUGUAUUUUUUUGCAAAAGAAAACCUGAUCUUUCUUUGUGUCCAAAAUAUAAUAUAACUACUUUUUUAAUAUUUGCAGAGAAAACUUUUACUUUUCUAAGUGGAUUUUUAUUUUUUUAAGCUUAGUUUGGGGAUUUUGAAACAAGGAAAGAUGUGGAAAGACAACUUAACGGUGUUUGAGACCAUGAUGUACGGGCAUUCGCUAUGCACAGAGUGGAACAAUGGCACGGAAGGUGCAAUAUACCAGUUGGGGAACAUCAUCUUCAUACUGGGCUACAUGGGGGGCAGCGGGGUCUUUGGUACCAUUUACAUCUACAGCCUGCUGGCUCCUGGCUUCUUGUGCUAUGCCCUGUGGGGCUGGUUGGAGGCUUGUGGGGCAGACAUUUUCUCCUGGAGUCUCUUCCUGCUGCUCCUGUGUCUCCUUCAGUUGGUUCACCUAGUCUACCGGCUGCGUAAGGACAUCUUUGAGGAGGAGUUUGACAGCCUUUACAAGUGCAUCUACCUGCCCCUGGAGGUGCCUGUCCCUGUCUUCAAGGAGAUUAUGAAGGGUUGUGAAAGCCAGGCCCUGUCCCUGGCAAAGGACCAGAACUACGCCGUGGAAGGGAAGACCCCUAUCGACAGGCUCUCCUUCCUUCUCUCUGGGAGGAUCCGGGUUUCCUUGGAAGGCCAGUUUCUUCACUAUAUUUUCCCAUACCAGUUUAUUGACUCUCCAGAGUGGGAGUCUCUGCGACCCACAGAAGAGGGGAUUUUCCAGGUGACCUUGACAGCAGAGACAGACUGUCGCUACAUAACCUGGAGGAGACGAAAACUCUACCUCUUACUGUCCAGAGAGCGAUACAUUGCUCGCCUUUUCUCGGUCAUGCUGGGGAAUGACAUCACUGACAAGCUCUACUCCCUCAAUGACAAGCUAUUUGUCAAGAGUGGCAUCCGCUUUGACAUUCGCCUGCCCAGCCUCUACCAUGUCCUGGCCCCUUCCACUAGUGAUACAGAUUGUGAGAAGGGCCACGAGGAAGGAGAUGCCAUAAUGCCAGAUGAACAAAUAACACCGCCACUGUCUGCGUCCAGAAAGGCUGCCGCUCCCCGGCCUCAUUCUAGCAAUCCUUCCCGGGACCACGGGCCGACAGACACCGAGCUGCCCGGUGAGGAUUCUUCCAGUCUGAUAUUGGAUGACUUUGCAGAUAUGACGGGAUCCUUUAUGGAAUAUGGGAGUGAAAGAGAUUAUUUGAAAUAGAGGUUUUAUAGGAGCUAACGCUAUGACCAGUUAUUAAGUCACAUCUGGUGAAACCCCACCAGGAAGCUUUCCAAAGCGUUUUCAGAGAAGACAGGCCCCUCUGGCUCCCACUGAAACCCCGGAGCUCUGAGACCCACCAACCCGACCAAGACAAGCAGAUGGUCUGCUGAUAUUUAACUGCACCCCUGCACAGUUGUCCCUAAUUCUUUUGUUUAAUUUACUUGAAGAACUAAAAAAAUGGCACAAGUAUAUAACAUUAAAGGAAACAUUAAACACCUACUCGUAGUUAUUUAUUUCAGAAUAAAAGUGUACAUUAUGAAAUAUAUUGCUGGUAUCGAGGCCAAGAAAACUGCUUAUUGUUAUAAUGUUUAUGCACUCUUCAGCUAAAUUUGGCACUGACCGUUUCAGGGGAAAUUAAAACCAUAUUAAGGUUUAUAUCUGCUGUUUUUAAUAUAAGUUUGUUUUCCUUCUAAGAUUCCUACUAAGGGACACUCAAGAAUGUUUUUUUUUAUUAUAGAACACAAAGAUGAUCAAGUAAGGUAGACUUAAGGUCACACAAUGAUAGUGGCUUGAAGGUUCAAACAUCUUGGUUGUUGACCAUCCACUGGAAACAGCUACCGUAUAAGAAAACUUGUAAGAAUGAAUUUAGGUGCACAGAGCUUUUUCUUUGAUUUCAAACAAAUACUAGACACAUUUUGUCAUAGAACACAAGCUUAGAAGUCAGGCCCUUUAUGUACUGAACAGCCCCAACUACCUCAUAUGUUUUGUUAAAUAACCCAAAAGACAAUUCCUAUUAUUGAAAAAUGUAUUAAUGUAUUUCUAAAUUAAAAUGGUUAAUGUUCCACAGCUACUAACUCACAACUUAGGCACAUUUUGAGUAUUUAAUAUAAUCCUUAUUUUUUUUGUAAUAUUUUAGUUUUAGUUGACUUACGACUAACAUUUUGGCGUAAAUACAAUUAUAUAUCUGGCCAUAUUUAUAUGUGAUAUCAUGUGUCUACUGUAGUUGUUUACUAGCUUACUGUUUUUUCAAUUAAAGGAAUACAAUCAUUCAUUAUUUUAGAUUAAUAAUUCCAGGCCCAUCUUCUUCCAUAUUUGUUUUAGGGAGAUUACAGCAAAUUUUAGGGCAGAAACACAAGCUCUGGUGUGGAAGCAACACAUAUUAAUAAAUAAACUAACACUACAUACUGAAAUCUGAUUUUAAGCAUUAAAUGCCACAACAAGGUUUAUAGUGUGUGCAUCACAGAACCACUGCUCACCAUAGCAACGUUUUCUGGGUUAUGUCAUACAGCUGCAGGUUUUCUAGGAGACUUGGUUUUAAAGCAAUAAACACAUUACUUUCUGUUUCUA